AUGUGUUUCAGGGACAUGAUGCACGUGACCUACGAGGAGCGUGACCUGUCCUUCACCGUAGACGGUUACCAAGCCAACCCCAAACUGUCCGUCAUUGUCCUUCAUCCAAAUAGGACAUGGGAGAAGAUGGGUCGUUGGGAGAAUGGGACCCUUUCUCUGAUGUUCCCGGUAUGGCCCAGGUAUAACUCGUGGGGAGACGAGGAGGCUGAUGAGAACCACCUGUCUAUCGUGACUCUGGAGGAGAAACCCUUCGUCGUCGUUGACAACGUAGACAUCCUGACUGGAACAUGCAUGAGGAACUCUGUUCCCUGUAGGAAACAUGUUAAAGAACUUAACUCUACAAAAGACGGAGGUUCCUAUAUAAAGCAGUGUUGUAAAGGGUUCUGUAUCGACAUCCUGAAGAAGAUCGCCCGCAACGUCAAGUUCACCUUCGACCUCUACCUGGUGACCAACGGAAAACACGGCAAGAAGAUCAACAACGUCUGGAACGGCAUGGUGGGAGAGGUGAUUGAAAAGAAGGCAGCGAUGGCAGUGGGGUCGUUGACCAUCAAUGAGGAAAGGUCAGAGGUCAUAGACUUCUCUGUCCCCUUCGUGGAGACGGGCAUCAGCGUCAUGGUCGCCCGGAGCAACGGCACCGUCUCCCCCUCCGCCUUCCUCG